UCCACUUGCAAGGGGUUCUGGACCCGGACCUCGCCGGCAGGAAGCUCACCUUUGGUGGUGAUGCUCCCGGUGCUCUUAGAUUACGGUUGCAACGGGGCGGAAAAUUUCCAGAAACUUUCCAUGGGAAGUUAAGCCUGGGAAUUUUGAAAAUAUACCAAAUUGGAAACUCUCCAUGAGAUUUAUGGGAAUUUAUGGGAAUUAAGCGCCUAUAAGCUUAAAUACAGUAAAGCUUUAAUGUGCACACCGGUAUCUUUAUUUUAGUUUCAGUAUAAGCCAAGUUGAGGGUUGAUUUAGUUUUAAUAUGACUGAUAAUAAUUUCACUCUUGUAAUCCCGAAAAUAUAUAAGCUUUUCUCAUCAGGGCCUCUGAUAGAGUGAUCACUGAAGAUAGACACUCAGUUCUGUGCUUUCCAUCCUUUGAAAUAUUGAACCCCAGAAGAGUCUUUAAAGAGCCUGCGGUAAUAUUCAGCAUUCAUGAAGAGGUGCGUGAGUCAGUUUUAUUAAAAAGUGAAAUAGAGCCAUAUAAUUCCAAUAUUACUAUUUGACAUCAAUUAUUUAAGCUCAAACCCAAUCAUCCAAUCUUUUGACAAUUUACCCUGAAUGGAUCUGAAAUGAUGUUCCUGAAGUUGAGAGCGGUCGGCUCUCCAAGAAGAGUGAGGGGAUCUGAACCCAACAGUUUUAGACGCCACAAAGGCUAAACCUCUCUCCUACCGAUGGCUUUAAAUGUGGGUUAAUCAGAGUCCAGGACUUGUUGGUUUAAUGUUAGAAAUCUGAGUGCUGUCUUUCGCUGCUUUUACCAGCUGAUGGCAGCAGGAGCCUUCUAAACUCCACAGCUCGCCCAGGCUCCAGAGUAUGUACAACACAUCCUUUAUACUUCAGCUCCUUAUAUUUGAUGAGAUCCAUAAAGUUAAUAACUUAAGGAGCAGUAAAACACAUCCUUUUAUUUUUAAGAGAGCUUCAUCAUCAGUUUCUGGAACACCUGCCACAUAAAGCCAUGGCCAGAUGGCAUCGCUCUGAACACACCUGCCUCUCUCUCACGUUCACAGCCACACAGGUCUCCUUCGACUGCUGUUGAAGAGGCUGUUUCAGAUAAUCAGUCGUGAUAAAUGACCUCUCUUUUCAGAGGAGUAAUGUGUGAAGUUUGAGUCCAUCCAUGUGAGAUAUGUUCCAGAGUAAGGCAGGUGUUGAUAUUUAAUAUCCAAAUGACAGAAAUGAAAGGAUGAGUGACAAUGAAUGGAGAUUAUAUAACUUAACCUAAUCAAUAAAUAUGAAUUUGUGUUAUUGCAUCUUUGUCUUUUGGCUCCAAUUCUUAGCAAGUUUUGAACCACCUUUUUACUACUUUUUGUAGUGCUUUUUGCUGUCUAAGUGAGUAAUUGAAGUUUUUUUUUUUUGUGCUGUAUAUGUAAAACGUCAAAAAUGUACCUAACCAUGCAAAGAAUUUGACGUUUGAGCUGUCUGUUUGGUGUUUUAUGUAAGUCUCAGCAGGAGUGGUGAAAUGUUUUUAACUUUUUUCAUUGCUGUGUGGAAAACCAGGACCUGAGGGGUCAUCGACAGGGAUCUGACAUGAGAAAGUACCUGUCUGUGUUAGAUACAGUUGCUCUUAAUAUUGGUUAUUUGUACAUCUUAUUGAAAACACUCUGGAAGUCUGUUUGUCACUGCUGAAGCUUGUGGUGCACUACACAAGGACAAACAGAAGCAAAUAGCCACUAGAGGGCACCACAGGUCUUUUUAUGCAGACUGAAGCGGCUCUUUGGGGACACUGGAGGUCAAAAGGGGCCUAGAGGUCUGCAGGAGUAUCUAUGCGGUCCAAUUUGUAUGGAUUUAAUGACUCAUUUUUAACUUUUGAGGAUGAAAAGAGACCUACAUCUUUGUUUUCUUCAUUUCAUAUAUUUGUGAAGUGAUGAUCAGGAACAACACACCUGACUCAAGUUACUUUGACACUAUCAAAGGUGUGUAUUAAGCUUCAGUUUGUGGUCUUGUGUCAGACCAUGCUGUCUUGUUGUUCUGUAGUGUAUUUGUAUAGUAAACAUCUCUGGGGUUUCAGUCGUGCUGCAGCAGAUGGCUGGACUGCAGAGUACAGUCACAGAUCUUUGUAAUGUGAGGAAGCAGCGAGGGACCACUCGCUAUCCUGCCUUCACUUCUUCCAAUUUGGCAACAAACAAGUCAGCCACUCAGCAGCUACUUCCUUGAAUAAAAAGCAACGAUUUUCAGGUCUUGUCUUCACUCUCUGCUGUGACUUUGUGCUUGGAUUGAAGUUUAGAAAUGUGACUCUGAAGUAGAGCAGUGAGACUUUUUUGUUUGUCUGACACUGCCCAAUGUGUCUAAUAUCACGCAAACCCAUAAUUUGCAUGUCCUCCUUGUGACCACACACACAUGUAGUCAUGCACAGAGGCUAUGAGCUGUAAUAACACACUCCCACAGUGACAGGCACACUAUAUAUGCACCUAUUCAUACUUUACCCCCCCAUCCAAAACCAUUUGGGAUUAUAUGGAGGAUGGCUUA